AUGCAGCACUGCCACGACGAACACGCAGCACUUGGCGGCGGCCACGACAACAGCCACGACCACAGUCACGACCACGACCACAGUGAAGAGGCGAACGAUGCCAAUGGAGAUUCUCUCUAUCCGUACAUCGACACCAGCAAGUUGCGGGUACUCAAUGCACUGGAUCCGCUAGCAGUUGCAAACCCCUUCAAACCGUUCCACGAACGUCAAGACCGUUCGCGCUUUUUGGCCAGCAACGACGACGACCCAGAGAUGAUUGUGUUUAUUCCCUUCACAGAGGCUGUUAGUAUCAAGUCCAUCUGUAUCUCUGGCUUUGUGGGUGAUGGGACUCAUCCUAGGGCAGUGAGACUGUUCACGAAUCGAGAAGACAUUGAAUUCGCCAAUGCGAAUGAGCUGCCCGCUCAGCAGCGAUUGGACCUGGUCGAGGACGACUUGGCGAGUGUUGACUACCCGCUUCAGGUGCGCAAAUUCCAAGGUGUCAGCAGUGUGACGCUCUAUAUCGAGGGCAGCUACGGAGAAAAUGAAACGAAGAUCUAUUAUAUUGGGCUGAAAGGAGAAAGCAAAAAGUGGCGUCACGGCGUGGUUGAGUGCGUUUACGAAGCCCGUCCACAACCAGCUGAUCACAAGAUCGAGGACACGACUGGACCGACUUCGCUCAUUUAG